GUGUACUUGUCCCUUAUCUCUCUCUCUCUCUCUCUCUCGCGCGCCUCGAGUGUUGUGGGCUGAACGCCGCCGUCUUCGAGUGAUCGAGUCACUGGUUAUGGCGGACGCCGUCCCGGAGAAAACCCCCACCCCAUCCGAGCAAUGGUCACUCCAGGACAAAGGACAGCCAGAUCUGAGUCAGGCCACUGUUGAUGAAACAGCUAAAGAUGAAAAUCCACCUGAUGGCAGUUCUGUUGAAGUUAGUGCACAGAUGGAUAAUCAAACUCCUGCUUCAGAAGUCGCGGAGAAGAGUGAUGAAGCUCCCGUAGCAGAGGAAAUUAAUGAAACUCCUGAGGAAUCGGAGACAGAAUCACAAGAGGCUGCUGAAGAGAAACCGGUUAUAAAGAUUGAGACAGCCCCUGCUGAUUUUCGUUUUCCAACAACAAACCAAACAAGGCAUUGCUUUACUCGUUAUAUUGAAUAUCACAGGUGCAUAGCUGCAAAGGGAGAAGGUGCUCCUGAGUGUGAUAAAUUUGCAAAAUAUUACCGCUCUCUUUGCCCAAGCGAAUGGAUCGAGAGAUGGAAUGAGCAACGGGCAAAUGGGACAUUUCCUGGUCCUCUGUAGGCAGCUGCACGCUUUAUAUUUUUCCAGGUGAAAGGUACUUAAAAGAGAUGUGGGACGCAUCAAAGCAUAAAUUGUUGCCUAAUAAAAAGUUUUUGCUUGUUCUAUGUCAAGGAGUUGUUCCAACACAUAAGUGAUCUGGUUUAGCUCCAAGACUGGCCGCAGUUUUCUCCAUGACCUUUUUUGUCUCAACUUCAUCAGUUCAGCGGUAUGCUGUCUAGAUCGGUAAAGCUGGUCUAUUUUAAUCCUACAACAGAGUAUCUUCAAUGCUUCAACAUGCUUUUUACUCAGAAUCACUGGAAAUGAAUGUUUUAUGUGAGAAAAUAAAGCCACAUUACUGCAUCUGUUUUCUAAUCA